AUGGUCUUUGAAAUUGUACCAGAAGAUCUUGAAAACCAUCCUCCGGCAGGGUUUUUGUAUUGUUUUGAGAAUGGAAUUGGUACGGAAUCGGCAGAAUGGAAUGUUAUUCAAGAUUUCCCGUAUGUUGAUGAAGAAUUAUUAAUUACGGAAAAUACAGUAGUUUGGUCGGUAUCAGGACAUGUUAAACGAUCGUUUGAUUUCUGUGAUGAUGGACAAAAAGUUACGCAUGCUUUAUUUACGUAUUUUGUGAAUCCGAAUGAUAAAAUUGUUGAUAGACAAGAUUCGUCAUAUGUUCCUCCAUUAGGGACAAGAACGAGGUCAUUGAAUCAAUUAAACGCAUCAGUACAUGAUUCUAGACAGGGUGGUAGUAAGGAAUUUGUUAAAGAUAUAUCACCGCGGUUAUCUAGAGCAUUGGUUGUUAUUUUGGAAGAUUUAGCGCAUAUUUUUUCAUUAGAUGGGGCAUUAUGGGUUAUUCAUGUUCCAUUUCGUGUUCGACGAGUUUUAGCAGCACCACGGGGAUUGAUACUUGAACGAUCACUAGAAAAUUUGGAAUUGGAGAUACGAUCGUAUGAAACAUUACUUACGACACAUUCACCUAGGUUUUUUUCAUUAAUUGGACCGUUAGAUGAAUUUGGUCUUGUAGUAACAGAUGGAAUUUAUUCAUUUGGGGCACAUGAUGAAUUAGUUUAUAUUGGUAAGGGAGAGGAUGCAUUGUUAGUGACAAGGAAUCCAGAAAAAAUGCAGAUAGAUAUAUGGAAGUGUUCGUAUGUUGCGCAAACAGAACACUACCUUCCUCGUCCGAUGACAGCAGCAUCAUCAUCAAGACGACGAUCUUCAUUUGGGAGUUCGAAUUAUAAUGAUGGAGAUUCAGAUAUUUAUGGAGCAUCUUUAAAAUCGGAAUUGAAUAUUACAUUGGAUAGAAUGGCUUUUGUUAAUAAUAAUCAGCUUCCAGCAUUGUUAGGUGAAUCAGAAGGACUUAGAAAAGAAAUUUUUGUGACACAUAUUGAAAGUUUUCCAUCUCAUUGCACUGAACAUGCUUUUACGGUAUUUUCUAUUCGUCCAUCAUCAGGAAUAGAGGUGGUUUCAAUAUUUAAUAAAGAGGAAUCGAGUCUUUUGAUUCUUACAUUUAGGAGUGAUGAAGGAUUUUCUCCUUAUUUAAUUGAUUCUGUUACAAUUCCAGCUAUUGGUGCUGCACCUCUUAUUUCUAAAUCUAUAGAAAAAAUACUUGUAUUUUCUAUAAAAAAACCUAUUCUUAAGUUAUCAGCACCAUGUUCUCCAGAUAUAGAGGUUAAGAUUAAUUGUACUCAGGAAGAGAUAACUGAAUUGGUUCAUCCUGUUGGUUGUAAAGUAUCUUUAAGAAGAACUGACGGUACUUUAAGAAGAUUUUUUUUUGAUUUGGAAUAUAAGACUGUUUUGGUUCAAAAAUGUUUUGAAGCUUUAAAGGUUAUUUUACCGUAUAGGGAUUUUGAAUACCUUCGUGCUGCUUUUCUGCAUCAAAAAUCUAAUAAUUCAAAUUUCAAUGAAUUUAAAUCGUUUUCUGUUGUAUUGUUUUCUUGUUUCUUAUCUGGUAGUAUGCAACCUAGGCAAAUUCAAGAUAAAAUAGAUGAAAAUUUUUCUAAUGAAAUAAUUGAAGUGAUUGCUGAAGCAAGUACUUUUUGUCGAAAAAAUGAUAUGUCAAUUAUGAUGAAACAUUUGUCUUCUAUUUUACAAUGUUUGCAUAUUUUAAGUGAAGAUUUUAAAUUUGAUUCUGCUACAUUAUUGUAUUGUCGUCAAAUAAUACCUGUAAAAGCACAGAUGGCAUAUUGGUUAGGAUGGUCUGCAUUUGUAGAAAAAGAUAUGCUAGUAUUUUUACGACUUGAGCAUCUUAAUGUGCUUCAAUUUCCUUCAGAACCAUACUCUGUUUAUCAUAAUUUAAUCUUGAUGUUAAAAGGAAAAAAGUAUAUACCAGUUCCAUCUAUUAUGAAUAUUGCAAAGACCGAUUUAGAAUAUAAGAAUUUAAACUAUAUACAGGGAUCUAAGACGAUAUCAUUGCUUUCUAAGACUAUUUUCUCUCUGUACGAAACUUUACUUAAUCCUAAAUUACCUCUUCAAGAUGUUGUUACACAAAUGGUUGAACAUAAGUUUACUUUAGAUCAUUUAAAACGUUUACCUGAUGCUGUUUCUAUACCAUUGAGAGAUGCAGUAAGAUAUUCCCAGGAGAAUCCUUUACCAAACUGGGGAGUUGAAGCACUUCGACUAAUUGAUAGGAAGGAUCUUGAAUAUCAUAUUACUGUUGGUGAUGAAAGACCUCGUCGAUUUCCUCCAACUCUUUCUGUAAAAACUCCUGAACCAAAAGAUACUAAAGCAAUAUGCCAAGAAGUCACAGAUCCUGAGAUCCACAUAUCCUUUGAUCGUCUUUCUGAGGAAGAUCAUAAAUUCGUUACAAAGCUUAUAUUUCGUGAAGAUCGGCGUUUACAAGAGGUUUCAAAGCUUCUUCAGAUAUCUAAACAAGCUGUUGUUAAAAUUGAUUUGCGUCCUGAAAUGAGUGAGCAUGAAAUUGUGGUUGUUCAACAAACACUUGCUCAAAUCAUUGCCAUUCGAACUUUAUCUAUUCCUGUUGGUAGAGGAUUGUAUUUUUAUAGCUCAAAAACUCCAUUGCCAACUGAAAAAUUCCCAAUACCAGGUUUCAAUUUUACUGUAAAAAUAAAACCCUUGCAAGUUCAAGUACCUGUUGUAAAAUCAUUUCUUGAUGAUCAAACCACAACUUGGGGAUUAUUUCAUAACGGAACUGCAGCUGCUUUAAGCAUUACUAAUGAUACUAAAGAUAUUAGUGCAUCGUGGAUUGUAUAUAAUAAGCCAAAUGAGCUUUCCAAUAGGCACGCUGGAUUUUUAUUUGGACUUGGAUUAAAUGGGCACUUAAAAUCUAUGGCAACUUGGCAUGCUUUCAAUUAUUUAACAUCAAAACAUACAAUGACAUCCAUUGGUCUUCUUCUCGGACUUUCUGCUUCUUUUAUAGGAACCAUGGAUCCUACUAUAACCAGAUUGCUUUCUGUGCAUGUUUUAGCUUUACUACCUCCAGGAUCAUCUGAACUCAAUUUAUCUACAUUGACUCAAACGGCAGGAAUUUUGGGUAUAGGAUUAUUGUAUUAUAAUACUCAGCAUAGAAGAAUGAGUGAAGUUCUUUUAACAGAAAUUUCGAAAUUUUCUCUUCCUGGACAAGAGUUUAGAGAUGAAGGCUAUCGUCUUUCUGCAGGGUUUGCUCUAGGAUUGAUUAAUAUUGGAAAAGGUCAAAAUUUAAAAGGUUUACAAGAUCUUCAUAUUGUUAAGAGUCUUGUAUCAUGUAUUUCUGGUGGUAGACAUAAAGAAACUUCACAAAACUUGGACAUGACCUCUUCUGGUGCUGUCAUUGCUUUAUCUUUAAUAUAUUUAAAAACUAAUGAUGAGGAUGUUGCUAAAAAAAUAGAGAUACCUGCAACCGAGCAUCUUUUAGAUUAUGUAAGGCCUGAUAUCUUAUUAUUAAGAGUGUUAGCAAAGAAUUGUAUCUUAUGGGAUAAAAUUGAUUGUACAUUUGAAUGGAUUAAAAAUCAACUUCCUCCUAUAUUAAGAGAUGAAGUAUUGCUAACCGGUAAAACUAGCCUUGAUUCAAACGACAUGGCAUUGUUUAAUAUAAUUUCUGGAGCUUGCUUUAGUAUGGCCCUUCGUUUUGUGGGGACAAGGAAUGAAAAUGCUAAAAAAUGUUUAUUACAUUUUUUAGAUAAGUUUAUGAAUCUUUCCACUCUAAUGGCGUCUACUCAUGAUCAAAAGCUUUGUAGAACUACUGUUAAGAAUUGUUUAGAUGUUUUAUGUAUAUCAUCUAGUUGUGUUAUGACUGGUUCUGGUGAUCUAGAUGUUUUACGAAGACUUAGAAAAUUGCAUGGGCGUACAGAUGCUGACAUAACAUAUGGAAAUCAUAUGGCUACACAUAUGGCUAUUGGUAUUUUAUUUUUAGGAGGAGGACAAUAUAGUCUUGGAAAUUCAAAUCUUUCAAUAGCUUCUAUGAUAUGUGCAUUUUAUCCACAAUUUCCAAAUUCUGCAUGGGAUAAUAUUUCACAUCUUCAGGCAUUUCGUCAUUUAUGGGCAAUUUCUUGUGAAUCAAGGUGUUUAAUUGCUAGAGACGUUAAUACUUUACGACCAACAUUAGUACCUAUUACUUCUGAUUCAUCUCAUACAUUUUAUGAUGCAAAAAAUUCGGUUGCUCCUUGUUUAUUGCCCCCACGUGAUGAUAUAUCUGUAAUUCGGACAUUAAGUCCUCAAUAUUGGCAAGCUUCUCUAGCUUUACAUACUAUUCCUAUCUCUCCUCAAAAAACAUCAACAAUGUAUAUUUCCAAAAGAGUUAUGGAUUCACAAGAAUGUUUCAAUCUUGAACCUUUAUCUCAAGCAAGCAUAGAAAGAUCUAUAUUAAAAAUGUUUUUAUCUGAAUCAUUACUUUCAAAUGAAUUUUAUUCUAUGAUAUCAAGAUCAGAGCUUUCUUCACAGUUUAUUGUUGAUCGUGCAUUGCAACAAAAUGAAGCAAUUAAUAGUAAAUUACUUUUACUUUCUGAUAUAAAAAAAGAAAAUUCUGCUAAACUUUAUGGAAUUCAACUUCUUCUUGUUUAUGCUGAAAACAUAUCUACUGGGCCUCUUACUUCUAAGUAUUCUGGCUUUCGAAAUAGGUUUCUAUCAGAUGAUUUUCUAAGUCUUUUACAUCUUAGAACAUGGAAUGCUUCACAAUAUUAA